GAGGAUGGAUAAGAAGCACUGUGUGAAGCUGUCGGUGCAGCCCUCCAGAGCACUAGUGGAUGAGAAGUUCAUUGUCCUGGUGCAGAACGCCCCACCUGGUUUCCAGAUGACCAUCCACUCCCUCCACCACAGUGAAGACGGACACAGCUGGGAGGCAUUUGGUCACUACACUGCAGAUGCCACUGGAACAGUAAAUGUUUCUCAGGAUCACAGUGUGGGUGGGACUUAUUCUGGUGUGGAACCAAUGGGGUUACUGUGGAGCCUCAGACCAGUUCCAGGCAGCAAAUCAUGGCUCAGGUUUCGGAAGAUGAAUGUUGAAACUCCCAUGGAGGUCGCCAUCUCAGUGUACCAGGGUCACCAGACUGUAUUUGUGGAUCAGGUGCAGCUGGCCAGUGUGGUGGCAGAGCGCUGGUACAUGGCACCGGGGGUCCGCAGGAUCCCGGUCACUGAGUCAGACCUCACUGCCACCCUCUUCCUGCCCCCAGGACCUGGACCUUUCCCUGGAGUCCUGGACCUUUGGGGGGGUGGAGGUCAGCUGGUGGAGUAUCGUUCAGCACUGCUGGCCUCUCAUGGUUUCGCCUCCCUAGCCCUCGACUACCUGACGGCUAAAAUCACCUUGAAAACCGGGAAGAUGGUAGAAAACGACUACUUUGAGACAGCCUACAAAUUCCUGCAGGAGCAUCCACAGGUCAGCGGCAGCAGGAUCGCCAUGAUGGGUCUUUCUUUCGGUACCGCUAUGACCCUGAAGAUGGCAGUUUACUCCGAAGUCAUGAAGCUCAGCUGUGCAGUGUGUAUCAGUGGGAGUCACGUCCAACCAGUUAACGGAUCAGUUGAAGAGAACUAUGUCUUCUGUUUCAGGAAUUCAAAAAAGGUGUGUUUCACUGAGGAGAAACAAGCAAUCUACCGUGAUUUGCUGCUGCCAGUCCCCACCGACCCUGGAAUGAAAGUGGAUGUUGGGCGACUGCAGUGUCCUCUACUGUUGAUCGUAGGUGAGGACGAUCAGAACUGGGCAGCCCCUGAAUCUGCACAAGAUAUAAAGGAGAUGAUGGAGCAGGCGGGGAACAGUCAUCUACUAACUCUCCGGUCAUACCCAAACGCCGGUCACCUGAUCGAACCUCCGUAUUCGCCACAUACUCGAGCCAGCAUGCUCAAAGCAGUCCAUGUAAAUAAGAUGGUUGUGGUUCUGUGGGGUGGGGAUACGGUGGCUCAUUCUCGUGCUCAGGAAGACGCCUGGAGGAAGACACUGGCCUUUCUGUGGGAGAAUUUAUACGGCAGAAAAAACUCUGCUGUUACCUCCAUGUCACACCUGUAACGGAGAUCUAAUAAAACACAGAUACCUUGACUU